AACAGAAGGAGGGAGUGUGAGACAGAGACGGUAGGAGAUCUCCGUGCAGGUACCUGUUAGAGCGCAGGAUGAUCAGAUUAAAGGUGUCAGGGUUUGUUAAUCUGUGAGGGAGGAACAGGCUUCGCCACUUGCGCACAUCGCCCCAUUCAUCGCCAGCGACGGGAAGCGGAGGAGAUUGGAUACUGACGCGCAUCGGGGAAUUUCCCCCCCUUUUCUCUUCCCUAUACAAUGGACACCUGCAGGGUACCAACCUGGAUAUGCCUUCUUCUGCUGUGGCAGGAGGGAUGUUUGGCAUCCCAGUUCCCCACACAGCUCAUGAUUAAAGAAUGGGUUGAGCAAAUGCAGAAAGAGCUUGUCACCUUGGCAGACACAGCCACAGCUGGGAAGAGCCUUACCGAGAUUUUUCUGAGAAACAGGAACCUCUAUACUGUAGAGCAAAAUGAUGCAGAAGAGCUGGUGGCCAGAGCAGCCAGGAACAUAGAACAGCUGUUGCAGAAGAGGUCUGCUGCCUUGGAGAAACUGGCCACAGCUGCUGAAGUGUUCCAGAAGGAGCAUGUUUGGAAAGAUGAAUUUGAGGCUGAUGAAAUUUCCUACUACAACGCAAAAGACAAUCUGGAUGCAAAUGAGACAGAGGGAAGAAAAUACAGGAUUCGACCAGACUUUAAAGAGGACCCUUCAUUCAAACGUUUAACUGAUCACAACCAUACAGCUGUCCAUAUUCCUACUGACAUCUAUGAUGGCUCUACUAUUGUACUGAAUGAGCUCAACUGGACAGAGGCAUUGGAGGAUGUCUUUAAAAAGAACAGAGAGGAUGAUCCAACACUCCUCUGGCAGGUGUUUGGCAGUGCUACAGGCCUAGCCCGCUACUAUCCAGCCUCUCCGUGGAUGGAUGCUCGCAAAACUCCCAGCAAAAUUGAUCUGUAUGAUGUCCGCAGGAGGCCAUGGUAUAUUCAAGGGGCUGCUUCACCCAAAGAUAUGCUAAUCCUUGUGGAUGCAAGUGGGAGUGUCUCUGGUUUAACCCUCAAACUAAUCAGAACAUCUGUCAGUGAGAUGCUGGAGACACUGUCUGAUGAUGACUAUGUAAAUGUUGUUUAUUUUAACACCAGGGUGAAGAACACAGCCUGUUUUGACCAUCUGGUUCAGGCUAACGUGAGGAACAAAAAGCUACUGAAAGAUGCAGUGCAAAACAUUACAGCCAAAGGAAUUACAAAUUACACAAAAGGCUUUGAGUUUGCUUUUGAGCAGCUUAAUAUGACUAAUGUGAGCAGAGCAAACUGCAACAAGAUCAUCAUGCUUUUUACGGACGGUGGAGAGGAACGAGCUCAGUCCAUACUGAAAAGAUAUAAUUCAGACAAAAAGGUCAGAAUCUUCACCUUCUCAGUCGGACAACACAACUAUGAUAAAGGACCCAUUCAGUGGAUGGCCUGCUCCAACAAAGGUUACUUCUAUGAGAUUCCUUCCAUCGGAGCCAUCAGAAUUAACACACAGGAAUACCUGGAUGUCUUAGGAAGGCCCAUGGUGCUAGCAGACAAACAAGCCAAACAAGUCCAGUGGACUAAUGUAUAUCUUGACGCUCUGGAACUUGGUCUGGUCAUCACUGGAACAUUGCCUGUUUUCAAUAGAACAAAGACGGUUGAUGACAAGAACAAAGAGAUUCAGAAUCAGUUAAUUUUGGGUGUAAUGGGAAUUGAUGUAUCACUUGACGACAUCAAGAAACUCACACCACGCUUCACGAUUGGUCCCAAUGGAUACUACUUUGCUAUUGAUCCUAAUGGAUAUGUCCUGCUGCACCCAAAUCUCCAACCAAAGAAAAGGAUUCGCAACAGGAAGCUCAGGCUCAAUAAUAAGUACAUUGUCACAUUUCAUGAGGAGCCUGUGACCCUGGACUUCCUUGAUGCAGAGCUGGAAAAUGACAUAAAAGUUGAGAUUAGAAGAAUGAUGAUUGAUGGGGAGAUAGGAGAAAGAACUAUUGACACUUUAGUGAAAACUCAAGAUGAGAGAUAUAUAGACAGAGGGGUCAGAACCUACACAUGGGCUCCAGUCAAUGAAACAGAUUACAGCCUGGCUCUUGUUUUACCUAAAUAUAGUGAAAACUUCAUUCAAGCUAAACUUGGGGAUGAUAUAAAACAAGCCAUCUCUUCACCUUGGGGGGAGGAAGCUAUAGAGACUAUCCAGCUGGAGAAGUUUGACAAUUUUGGUUACACCUACAUAGCUCCAAGGGAAUACUGCAAAGAGUUGAAGCUGUCACUCAACAACACCCAGUUUCUACUCGACUUCCACCAGUACAUUGAUAAAAGUACUGCAGAUGCAUGCAAUGAGUCACUAGUGAAACGACUCAUCCUUGAUGCAGGUCUGACAGCUGAACUGGUUAAAGUUUGGAAAGAGCAGUUAGUGGAUGGAACGGUGGCAAGGUUUGUCGCAACAGAUGGAGGAAUCACUAGAGUUUUUCCAAGAAGUGCUGGAGAAGAAUGGACAGAGAAUCCUGAGACAUAUGAGUCCAGCUUCUACAAAAGGACUUUGGACAAUGAAAUAUAUAUAUUCACAGCCCCAUCUUUCAACGCAGAGUUCAGGGAGCCUAUAUCUGAAUCCGGGAUCUUGGUGAGCAAAGCCAUAGACCUUUUCAUCGACGAUGUCAUGCUUAAACCAGCAGUGGUGGGAAUAAAACUCAAUGUCUCCUUCUGGAUGAGCAGUUUUAUCAAUGCAACUCUGAAAUUUAACUGUAAGGAUGAGAUUUGUGGCUGUCUCAGGAAUGACAAGCAUGUGGACUGUGUAAUAUUGGAUGAUGGAGGCUUUCUUCUCAUGUCAAAUCAAGAGGAGUAUAUUUCCCUGAUAGGUCAGUUCUUCGGUGAGGUAGAUCCAGUGCUGAUGAUAAACUUAGUCAACACAUCCCUAUACUCCUUCAAAAAGACAUAUGACUAUCAGUCUGUGUGUGACCCAGAAAAAGACAACAAGGCGGCUGCAGGACUGCGCUCCAUAUAUGUGCCUACUAUUGCCGAUUUCCUCAGCAUAGGCUGGUGGGCCUCCAGUGCUGCUUGGUCAAUACUUCGACAGCUGUUGUUUGGUCUUCUGUUCCCAAACCUUGUAGAAGAGGUGGAGUCAGCAGACGAUGACAUACCAGAUGCCAUGUUCAAAGAAAGCUGCAUCACAGAGCAGACUCAGUACUUUUUUGACAAUGAUGAAAGAUCAUACUCAGGUGUAUUAGACUGCGGAAACUGCUCCAGAAUGUACCGUGCAGAGAAGCUUCCAAACACAAACUUGGUGUUUCUGAUCACCGAUGCCAAGGCCACAUGUUUAUCAUGUGACCCCAGGCCACUUCGACAAGCCGAGCAACCUUCUGAAGGACCAAAUCCUUGUGAGCUGGCUCAGAACCCAAGAUACCGCAAAGGACCUCCUGAUUGCUUUGAUAAUAAUCAAAAUGAGGAUGAUUCUGAUUGUGGAGGAGGGACCUACCUAAACCCGAGUUUCUGGUCUGUCCUCUGCCUUCAACUACUGCUCUGGCUCACCACAUUUUUACAGCAGUCAUGACCUCGUUCACAGUUAAUCAUCACAUUUCAUGGGAGACCAUAAGACAUGCACUUGCGCCAUACAGGAUGUAUGCAGAAAUGUGCAACAUGAGAAAAACAAUCUCAGCAUUUUCAUUUUUCAAUGCCAAAGGGUGCUCAUCCAUUUCCUGCUUAUCGUUUUUAAAAGUGGAAACACAUUUACUGAAAUCAGCUGCAAACCUGUCCAUCAUCUACGACUUAAAUCUCUCUUUGGUGCAAAUGUAAGAGCUAACCAAACCCUUUAAUUCUGCCUCAUUUUUUUUUUUAUUUAUAAAGUGAAGAUGGAAGAUGUAUUCCACUAUGCCAACUGGAAAUUAAUAAAAUCAGCAUUGAUUUGUGAAGUUAUAAACAAUGCCUGUUUGGUUGGGGCGAAAUGCUGUAUAGGGUUCUUCUCAACUACUUCAAAUGUUAAUAUGCUUUUGGUUUAAAAAAAAUUAGUAUUAUUAUUUUGAUAAUUUAGAAUAAUUAUUAGAAAUUUUUAUAAUUUUGUUUGCAGUAUGAACUAACCUUUAGUGACUUGCUAGGUGUUUCAUUGUAGCAGCAUGUGCAGAGUAGAGAGCUUUGGACGACACCAGCACUUUGACACCAAAGCCCCUGGACAGUACCAAGGAUCACAUCUUUCACAGAGAAUGUGCACGCUAUUUUUUUUAAGAGAUUAUUUAAAUAUGGGAAUACAGUUUAUCUGUAUUUCAGCUACAGAUUUAGAUAUGUACCCUGCACCCUGCGCUGCAUCCUGUGCAGGGUCCUUUUUGGUAAAUAACCAUUUCAAACAUGGCUGUGCUUGGACUGACAGCUUUGGGUGUCUUCAGUUUGAUGCAUUGAAUCCCCAGUGCCUACAUAGUAGCUCAUACAUUCUGAUAUAUGAAUGAAGCAAUGGACCAGAGUUGUAUUCUUACCAUGUUUGCCUCUAGGUUAAUACUGAUUUUACUAAGGCUGGGAAGUCAGGCCUGGAAGUGAUACUUUAUGUAAGGGGUCAAAUUCCACUGGUAUUAUUCUGCUGUUAUUCUAACUAAUGAGAUGCAAACCACAGCUCAAAAUACCAAUGAUUUUGACUACUAGUGAGGGAGAAACAAACCUAAAGCAGACCUGUCUUU